CUAGUUUACUAUAAUCAUCACAACAUGGCAAAAACGACGGAUUAAUGAACGUUUCAACGCUAACAGCAAGAGUUUUAAUUUAACAUGAGAUGCGCAUUUGGCAGCUUUCUACCACGACGAAGUGAAAUUAUUUGUAAACACACAACACGUGAAGAUUUUUCUAAAUAAAGAAAAAAAUAAAGCAGAGGGGGAAACUGCCAAUGGUCGUCGUUAGAACCACAUUUUGAGGUAGAGGAGAUCGAUAUGGCGCUGAGAGAGUUAAAAGUCUGUCUUCUGGGGGACACCGGCGUUGGGAAGUCGAGUAUUGUUUGGAGAUUUGUUGAAGACAGCUUUGACCCAAACAUCAACCCAACAAUUGGGGCAUCCUUCAUGACCAAGACAGUGCAAUACCAAAACGAGCUGCACAAGUUCCUGAUCUGGGACACGGCAGGACAGGAGCGGUUUCGUGCCCUGGCACCAAUGUACUACAGAGGGUCUGCGGCAGCCAUCAUUGUUUAUGACAUCACAAAAGAGGAAUCUUUCACAACACUAAAGAACUGGGUGAAGGAGCUGCGCCAGCAUGGACCUCCCAAUAUAGUGGUCGCCAUUGCUGGCAACAAAUGUGACCUGUCAGACGCCAGGGAAGUGCUAGAGAAGGAUGCCAAGGACUAUGCUGACUCUAUCCAUGCCAUCUUUGUAGAAACCAGUGCCAAGAAUGCCAUUAACAUCAACGAGGUGUUUAUAGAGAUAAGUAAGCGCAUCCCCCUUGCUGAAUCAGCAGGAGGAACUUCAGGAAAAGCUUUCAAACUGGGACGUCAGGCCUCAGAGUCUCGCAGGACGUGUUGCUGAUGAUGCCGGUGACUGUCCCUACAUGACCUUUGACCUGACCUUUGCUCUCUCUGUGUCCCCAGCGUGCUUCAGCGUACAGCCACCACACACUCAAACACCCCUCAUGCCUGAUAUGGGCCUAUAGCAGUACCACUCUAAUGACAAAAGCAAAUGCAUCUUUGCACCAGUAAACAACAAAAAAACAUAUAUACCGCUAAAGAUUGCUGGCAGGAGAAAUAUUUCAAGUUUGCAUUGAUACAUUGAUAUGCAAAUGAAAGACCAACAUACACAAGACAUCUAAAAUGGAUAUCAACCUCGGUUUGGUGUAUUAUAGCCCCGGGUUGAUUAGAGGAAGUAAACAUCUACAGAUUCAUGAAUUCAGAGAUCAUUUGCACAUCUUGUACAUUUGUCAAAAACCUUUUAUCUUUCAACCAAAACAUAGACUCACAACUUUACAUUUCACCAAAUUAUUUUAAUAUCACUGAAGUUAUUGCCUUUUUUUUGGGAUGUCUCUCCCAAAACAUUGUUAACUUUGUGAAGGAUCCAUCUUUGUAGUUAACAUGUGUUAUCAAUAAUUUAUCAAAACAGUUUGGAGAAAAAGUUAUGCUAGUCAUACGUUUUUAUACUUGCCUUUAAUCAUAGGUUUUUCAAAGGAUAUUUAGAUGGAUCUUGGUGAUUCAAGUAGGAUAGCUUUUGCACGCUAAAUAUCGAUUUUAUUGUGUGAGUGCUGUUUUAAUCAAGAUGUCUUUCAAGGCCAAAUACCUAAUGGGUGCUUUGAUGUAAAAUGUAGAAAUAAAAGGAUUGUGGGAGCCUAAUGUCUUUAUAUAGAAGGAAUAGUUUUCCAAUUUGGGAAAUGUGUUUUUUGUCCUUGCCUUCGGUGAGAUGAGAAUUUCAAUUCAUUCUCAUUUAAGUACUAAAUAGCAGCCGGUUAGCGUAGCUUGGCAUAAAGACAGGGAGGAAACGGCUAGCCUGGCUCCGUCCAAAGGCAGCAAAAUCUGUCAACCAGCCCCUCUAAAGCUCACUAAUAACUACGUUGUAUCUGUCAGAGCCAGGUGUUUACCCUCCUGCUUUGUAUUGUUCUGCUUGUCUAACACUCAGACAGAAAGGGAAAAAGCGUAUCCCCCAAAACAAACUAUUUCUUUUUUAAUUGUGGACUUUGUUGUUCUAGCUGACUCUGUCGCAGUCUCCAAGAGUUCCAGCUGCUCACUUGUUCCCCACAUAUCAACUUGUAAUUACUUAAAAGGUAAUAACUGAAUCCUGUAUAUGCAGUUUCCUGUCGUGCACACAGUGUUUCACAAUAUCACUUUAGCUUUGUUUAAACAGGCGAGCAUGCUUGUCCUCAAUCCUUUGCUGCUACUUCUCAACAGUUUUCCAGAUUUCUGUGAGGUCUUGCCAAAUUCUGUAAUUGACCCAUAAACAUUUUUUAUCUUUCUUUUUUUGUGUGCACGUAAUCAGCAGAGGCUCGUGCAUGCAGUAUUGUUUUACUACCUGGCCUGCGAUGAAAACAUUGAGGUUGGAAACUCUGAUUUCUGAGCCUAAAUCUCCCCUCAGUGAGGUUGUAGGUGCAGAAUCAGACGUGGCACUGUGUCAACAUGCUGACCCCUUACUGAACCUCUUUCUCCAUGCUGCUCUGAAUUACUGUAUGCGCUUUGUUCCAAGGUCUUUCUUCUGAUUUACAUUUCUCUCAUCAUCUUUUACUUUCUUCCUCUAAACUCCAGGCACUUAUUGUAGGUCCAGCUUUCGUUUUGUUUCAAACAGAUGUGGUACACUAUAGCUUUCACAGAGCUCUAUUAUCCCAAUACUCUAUGAUCCUUAAUGCUAUGUUACAGAAGUUGAACUCCUAUUUUGGCCUAAUUGAACUUCAGUUAAAUCAUGAGCCCCCACAGACUUAUUCAUUCUGUGUAAUUUCAUGCUUGUCUGUAUCUCUUGAACCUCUUUAACCCCAAAACCUCUUUCUAAAGUUGCCAACAAAAAACAGAUGUGGGUUUAAUUAGCCUUCCCACAUUUAUACAUUUGGAUUCGGUUCUCUUCGGUCGGCGCAAUCCUUCUUUUUUGUUGCCUUUACGCAUGUUAAAUGUAGUUGUUAUUGAUGAGUUGUGCGCUAAGCAGUACUGCCUAUUUUCUUAAGGAUUUUUCCAUGGAGUGCAAUAGUUGUUAUGAUGAUAAGGUAACAUGUGAUCUAAUCCAAGAAAAUAAAACAUUAACAGAGUGAUGAUGUUCAUACCGCAGAGCAGAAAAUGUGAUCUCAUUCCAGCAGUGUAGAACAGAUGAUAAUGACAGGUUUAUAUUGACCUCUUUGAAAUGAGCAGUGUGAUGUUUUAAAACCAGAGUGGCAUUCUAGGUCAAAACUUACAUUUAAAGGGAAUGACUCUGGUGCUUUGAAAGCUGCACUUUGAAUGACUUAUUAAUUUGCCCGUGUUACUUACUAUCAAUCAGUCUUCUGUUUUUUAUUUGUGUGAAAACUCUUGAAGAAACGUUUUUUAACAAUGUCCGACUUCUUAAUGAUCUCAAUGUUAUUUUAGGUUUUGACUGUUUGCACAGUUCUUAUUUCUAACAAGAACACGGUGCCAAAUAUUUUCUGCAUAAUUAUGCAUACUUAUGCUUUUUUUAAACUGUCAAUGUAAUAUAAUGAUUUAAAGUGCUUAUAACAUACAUGCUUAAAAUAUUUGAAGUUUCAUAAUGACAUAUGUGUCUCCAUGUAAACAGGAGGCAUGGAUAUGAAAUGUGUGCUAGUUUUGCAUUGAAAAAUACCAAUUGUCUUGGGCUGGCCCUGGGAAUGUCAUUAUUCUGUAUUAUGUAUAUUUUUCAGUGUAGAAAUAUUCCAUCUCAUUGCACAUAAAUCAACGUCUUUAUUCUAAGCCACUUGUGUGACCACAAUAUACUUUGUUUCUAGUCAUUCUAUCAGCAUUGUAGUUACCAUAUUUAGCGUUUGACUAUGUGUCAUAUUGAUUGUAACAAAAUGCCUGAAAACACUUGUUUGCAGUGUAUUUCCAAAUCUGUAAAAAGGGAAUUGUCAAUUUGUUUACUAAUAAAAGAUUGACAAAUA